AUGCCUGUAUUCACUGAAUACGCUGCCUCGUCGCGUGAACUGCGCGUUCUGCCUUCCUUUGCCCCGCCACUUCCCCGCCUUUCCCCGCGAUUUACGCGUGCCGAAGGAGCCGAGAAAUAUGAAGUCGUCAUUGUCGGCGCUGGUCCAGCAGGGCUGAUGCUACACCUGCUUCUGGCACGAUACGGCCUCAACGAUGACUCUUUGCUCUGUAUAGACGCAAAACCAGGCACGCUCAAAUCGGGGCAGGCGGACGGCCUGCAACCCCGCACGCUCGAAGUCCUCAAAUCUCUCGGGCUCGCGGACGAGAUCCUCACCGAUGGCUGUCACAUGGAAGAGGUUGCGUUCUGGAAUCCGUCGCCUGACAAGGAGAAGGUGAUUGAGAGGACCUCGAUCGUUCCCGACGUGGCUGUGCCGGCCCGCUUCCAACAUGAAGUCACUAUCCACCAGGGUCGCAUUGAGCGGAUCCUCGAAACAGAUCUGCUUCGGUAUUCGAAACGAGGCGUGCAGCGGAAUACCAAGCUUGUGGACGUCAGGAUCGACGAGGCAGGCGAUGCGGAAUUCCCAGUCGUGGCCCAGAUCGAGACGGACGGCAUCCGUCGCACAAUACGCUCCAAACACUUGGUAGGCGCGGAUGGUGCCCACUCGGUAGUCCGGCGCUGCAUGGGACUCAAGCUGGUCGGCGAGUCGAUGGACCAUAUCUGGGGCGUAGUCGAUCUGGUAAUCGACACUGAUUUCCCCGAUAUUCGAAGACGGUGCGCCAUCCAUUCACCGGCCGGGUCUGUCAUGGUCAUUCCGCGGGAGCGCAUCGCGACGGGCGAUUACCUGACUCGGCUCUAUGUCCAAGUACCUGAAGAGACACCUCCUGAAGAGGAUCAGAAGCCUGUUAAUGGGACUACUUCUCAGUCCAAGGGAGAUGCACGCGCGCGCAGAAGCCAGGUGACCCAGGAAUCGAUUUUUCGGCAUGCGGCACAAGCCUUCAAGCCGUACUAUAUUCGACCUAAGGAAGAGGGCGCAGUCGACUGGUGGGCUGCGUACCAGAUCGGUCAGCGAGUCACGGACAAUUUCACCGUCAAAGACUCGAAGGGAAUCAAUAGGGUGUUUAUUGUGGGAGAUGGUACGUGA